AUGAGUGUUUGCUCCGGCUUUUGUGGGGCAUUGGCAGAAACCUCCACUCCACAAGAACUAAAAGAACUUGCUUUUGGCAUUGGGGAGCUAUGGUCAUCACAGAGCUGGCAUUUGAACACAAAGAAGCAGGAAGCAGACAUGAACUCACAAGGACCGCUACUGCUACUGGCGGUUGUAUGGGUGGUAUUAGCAGCAAUGGCAGCGCCGGCAGCUGGUCAGGCCAAGCCUGGUUGCCCAGAUAGCUGUGGGGACGUUAGCAUCCCAUAUCCAUUUGGCACAAGGGAAGACUGUUAUCUCAAUGAAGAAUUCCUCAUAACCUGCGACAACAGUACAAGCCUUCCCAAAGCCUUUUUGACGGAGAGUAAUAUCAAUGUCACCAACAUAAGUUUGGAUGGUGAGUUGCAUCUCUUGAGCCUUAUAGCCCACAAGUGUUAUAACAGAAACGGCACCCUGCGUGACUACUUACAACCCUAUCUUCGGCUGUCCAUAUUCAGUAUCUCUGGCACUUUAAACAAGUUCGUUGCGGUUGGUUGCGACACUUACGCACUUCUCAGCGGCUACCAAGGAGAAGAUCUUUACAGAACUGGCUGCAUGUUAUGUUCCAGCAAGAAACAAGUCCAAGAUGGAUCUUGCUCAGGGGCUGGUUGUUGCCAGAUCUCAUUCCCAGAAGGAUUAAAAAAUACUACAUUGAUAUUAAGCAGCUACUUCAAUCAUACAGAAGUUCAUGACUUCAAUCCCUGCAGCUAUGCCUUUAUUGUGGAAGAAGCAGCCUUCAAUUUCUCCUCCAAAAAUCUUUCCAACUUACAGGAUAUAGAAAAGCUUCCUAUGGUAGUUGAUUGGUCAAUUGGCAAUGAAACAUGCCAGGUGGCUAAAACCAACCAGACGAGUUAUGCCUGUAAGGAGAAUAGCACGUGCUAUGAAUCCAAUAGCCGGUCCGGCUAUCUUUGCAAGUGCUUUGAUGGUUACCAUGGGAAUCCUUACCUGGAUGGUUGCCAAGAUAUUGAUGAAUGUAAGAAUUCAAGCCUCAACAAGUGUGUAAAAAAAGCAAGGUGCAAGAACACCCCAGGGAAUUAUACUUGUUCUUGCAGCAAGGGGUACCAUGGGGAUGGCAGAGAAGAUGGUGAUGGCUGUAAUCCAAAUGAAUUGCAAUUCAUUCAGGUUUCCCUUGGCGUGGGCAUCGGUCUUAUAUCAUUACUAAUUGGCAGCUCUUGGUUAUACUGGGGACUCAAGAAAAGGAAGUUUAUUAAACUCAAAGAGGAGUUCUUUCAACAAAAUGGUGGUCUAAUGUUACAAAAGCAACUUUCUAAACGGGAAGGAUCUACUGAAACAAUCAAAAUCUUUACUGGUGCAGAGCUAGAGAAGGCUACUAACAAGUAUAAUGAGAGUAAAAUUAUUGGUCAUGGAGGAUAUGGAACUGUCUAUAAAGGAACUUUAACUGAUGGGAGAAUAGUUGCCAUCAAGAAGUCGAAGAUGGUGGAUAAAAGUCAAAUUGAGCAAUUCAUAAAUGAGGUGCUUGUGUUGUCACAGAUCAAUCAUCGAAAUGUGGUCAAGCUUUUGGGUUGUUGUCUAGAGACAAAAGUUCCUUUGUUAGUUUAUGAAUUCAUUACUAAUGGCACUCUUUUCGACCACAUACAUAAUAAGAGCAAUACAUCUAUCAUUCCCUGGGAAAUUCGCUUGAGGAUUGCUACUGAAAUUGCAGGAGUCUUAUCAUAUUUACAUUCUGCAGCAUCAACACCAAUCAUCCAUAGAGAUGUUAAAUCCACUAACAUACUCUUGGAUGAUAACUAUACAGCAAAGGUUUCAGAUUUUGGAGCUUCAAGGUUAGUUCCUCUAGAUCAAACUCAAUUAUCUACAAUGGUACAAGGAACUCUUGGAUACUUGGAUCCUGAGUACUUGCUUACAAGCCAAUUGACUGAGAAAAGCGAUGUUUAUAGUUUUGGAGUUGUUCUUGUGGAACUAUUAACGGGAGAGAAGGCACUUUCUUUUGAUAGACCGGAGGACAAGAGAAGUCUAGCUAUGUAUUUUCUUUUUUCAUUAAAAGAUGAUCACCUUUUUCAAGUUCUUGAUGAACAUAUAGUGAAUGAAGAAAACAUUGAACAGCUAAAGGAGGCUGCUAAGCUUGCAAAAAGGUGCUUAAGAUUGAAAGGAGAUGAAAGACCUACUAUGAAGGAAGUAGCAAUGAAACUAGAAGGAUUGAGAAUCGUGAAAACACAUCCAUGGAUUGAUUCACAAGAGAAUGAACACUUAUUUAGUGAUUUUACCCACACAUACGAUGAUGGCGAUGGCAAUAGCAAUGGUGAUCGUUGCCUGGAUCGAUGUGGGAAUGUCAGCAUCCCAUAUCCAUUUGGCACAAAAAAAGACUGCUACCACAGUCAAACUUUUCUGUUGCGUUGCAACGAUUCAGUGGUACCUCACAAACUAACUAUAGGGGAAGGUGUGGAGGUGGUGAGCAUCUCCCUGGAAUUAGGUGAGUUGCAAAUCUUGAACUUUGUGGGCAGGGAUUGUUAUAGUAGUUCUGGCAGGCUGGUUUACGAGAACGACCCCUGGCUGUAUUCAGGCCAAGGUUACACAAUCUCCGGUAGGAGAAACAAGUUCAUCGCAGUUGGCUGCGACACGUACGCGAUUGUUCGGGCUUCUAAAGGUGAAGAAAGGUACACAACUGGGUGCAUGUCUGUAUGUGAUAGCAUCACAAAUGUAAAAAAUGGAUCUUGCUCUGGGAUUGGUUGUUGUGAGACCUCCAUUCCUGAAGGAACUACCAAUUUUACUGUUAAGUUAAGCAGCUAUAAUAACCACAGAAGCGUUUGGGCCUUCAAUCCCUGCAGCUAUGCUUUUGUUGUUGAAGAAACACACUUCAAGUUCUCUUCCAAUCAAUUUAGGGAUCUCAAUAAUACAGAAAAUCUUCCCGUGGUGUUGGACUGGAGAAUAGGCAAAGAAAGGUGCAAGGCAGCACGAAAAACCGAGACUUAUGCCUGUAAGGGGAAAAGCGAGUGCUACGAACCCGAUGAUUGGUCCGGCUAUCUUUGCAAGUGCCUGGAUGGUUACCAUGGGAAUCCUUACCUCCCUGAUGGUUGCCAAGAUAUUAAUGAAUGUGAUGAUCCAAGCCUCCAUAAGUGUGUAAAAAAAGGGAGAUGCAAGAACACCCCAGGGAAUUAUACUUGUUCUUGUCCCAAGGGGUACCAUGGAGAUGGCAGACAAGAUGGAGAUCGCUGUAAUCUAGAUCACUUACAAGUGAUUCCUGUUGUUCUUGGUGCGGGUAUUGGCUUUAUGAUAUUGCUUCUCAGUAUCUCUUGGCUGUACUGGGGACUCAAGAAAAGGAAGUUCAUUAGACUCAAGGAGAAGUUCUUUCAACAAAAUGGUGGUUUAAUGUUGCAACAACAACUUUCUAGACAAGAAGGAUAUGAUGAAACAAUCAAAAUUUUUACUGCUGGGGAGCUCGACAAGGCCACUAACAAAUAUGAUGAGAGUAACAUUGUUGGUCGUGGAGGAUAUGGAACAGUCUACAAAGGAACUUUAACUAAUGGGAGAAUAGUUGCAGUCAAAAAGUCGAAGAUGAUAGAUAAAAGUCAAAUUGAGCAAUUCAUAAAUGAAGUGCUCGUGUUGUCUCAAAUCAAUCAUCGAAAUGUGGUAAAGCUUUUGGGUUGUUGCUUGGAAACUGAAGUUCCUUUACUAGUUUAUGAAUUCAUUACUAAUGGCACCCUCUUCAACUAUAUACAUGGUGAAAGGAAGGCAUCUACCAUUUCUUGGGAAGUUCGCCUACGGAUUGCCACUGAAACUGCUGGAGUCCUGUCAUAUUUACAUUCUGCAACAUCAACUCCAAUCAUUCAUAGAGAUGUUAAAUCCACCAAUAUACUUUUGGAUGAUAAUUACACAGCAAAGGUUUCAGAUUUUGGAGCUUCAAGGUUGGUCCCCCUAGAUCAAACUCAAUUGUCUACGUUGGUGCAAGGUACUCUUGGAUACUUGGAUCCUGAGUAUUUGCUUACGAGCCAAUUGACGGAAAAAAGUGAUGUUUAUAGUUUUGGAGUCGUCUUUGUAGAGCUAUUGACUGGGGAAAAGGCACUUUCGUUUGAUAGGUCGGAGGAGGAAAGAAGUCUUGCUAUGUAUUUCCUUUCUUCAUGUAAAGAUGAUAAUCUUUUUCAAGUUCUUGACAAGCGCAUAGUAAAUGAGGAAAAUAUUGAACAGUUGAAGGAAGCUGCAAACCUUGCAAAAAGGUGCUUAAAAUUGAAAGGAGAUGAGAGACCUACCAUGAAAGAAGUAGCAAUGGAGUUAGAAAGAAUGAGAAUGAUGGAAGAACAUGCAUGGAUUGAUUCAAAAGAAAAAGAACAGUUACAUGGUGAAUCUUCUAAGGCAUAUGAUAAUGAUUGUAGUUUUGGUUUUACAAGUGCUUCAUUUGAUAGCUUAGGGGUACCCAUGAAUGAUGGAAGAUGAUUGUUUGAUAAAUUGUUAUCGGUAAUCAAUGUAUGUUUGAUAAAUUGUAACCUUGAUGUAAGAAUGAAUGAGAAUUUUAAUGUUUAGACAUAUAUGUUGAAUUUUCUAUUGUA